ACAAACCAGUUGCACUUCGAGAGAAACAGCUGCGCAGCAAUUAUCCCAAUCUUCGUCCCCCACGACCGCUACUAGCGAAGAUUCAUCCCUGCUCACAGGAACCAAGCUGAGCCUCCUGCUCGACCUGCAAGCGAACGCGGAAAACCUUGCCGCCGCUUGGCAGGACGACUUCCUGCAACAUGGUCUGACCGCCGACCACAUUUAUGCGGCGAAGCUUUCCAUGCGGGCGAGGAUUGCGUACGAGGAAAAGAUGCGGCGGAGGGCGCGGAAGGAGAGCUGCCGCGAGGUGUAUUUCUUGCAGGAUCGUGCACGAAGUACGACGAAACUACAAGUACAAGGUUCGUCAUCAUAUAAUAUCGCGCCAGGAGGAGGUGGACCACAGCAAAGUAGUCUCUUUGCUUCUGCGCUUGCAAAGAGCCGCGAUAAGACUACCACCAUCGGCACAGCGGCACAAAAUUUGUUCGAGUCCCGGAUUCUCACAACGUCUUCUAUUUUUCUCGACGCCACUGCCGUGGGGAACUUGCACGAAGCGAAAGCGGAGAGGCUGAGAAUGAUGCGCAGGAGGAGAAGACGUGCGGCAGCUGCGAAUAAAGCUGGUGUAAAAAUGGCGUUGGAUGGAAGAGAUAACGUUAACGCAGUAGAUGAACCAGGUGUGGCUCGUUCUUCCGCUGAAAUGCAAAGGAACUACGAGCAGAAUCAUGCGGGUGACAAUUCUGCAGUUGAAGGGGGAAAUGGAACAGCUGCUGCAACUGGAGCUACGACAUCAUUGAAGCAAGCAGAUGGUGUAAUAGACGAAACCGAUGAAGAUGAAGAACUAAGCGGAGGAACAAACGCGAAGAAUACAUUAGCGGGAUCGGCUAGGACAGUUGACUCCCGCGCUUCCUCCUCGAGAAUACUUCAGCCGAUUUCUCUUCCCAUCGACGAGCACCGGACUGCAGUUCUUGGCCCUAUUAAACCAGGUUCUGGCCUUGCGGUCAAUGAAGCACCUGCAGCGACAGCAAGUCCUUUGUCCGGGUCCGCAACUUAUGCCGGCGGAGGGUACCUUGAUGAUAACGUCACCACCGCGUUUUCGCCGGGAAAAAAAAGGAAAAGUCCGCCGGACUACGAGCCCGUGGUAUUUUUCGAGGAAGUUUUGUCGGAAAAAACGGUCAAGGAUUUGCUGGAAUUUCAGUACGAACAGCACAAUAGUACAGGGACGAGGAGCGAUCUUGUUUCUCAAUCAGAAUGUACUUCAGCUACUGCUGCGAAGGAGCACCAGCUCCAAAACAAAAGAGCGGCGCCAUCUGCGAUUUUUGCUGCACAGCCUGUGCUGUCUUCGGACGAGGAACAGGAGGAGGACGAGCUGGGAAUUUUUGACGCAACAAGCCAUGAGCACCAGCUUUACCACGGUUUUUACAGCCAACGCGCAAAGACAAAGAGCACGACUACUGCUACAGGAACUACUACGAGUGCUGCAGAAAAGGGCGGAAUGUGGACAUCGAACAGCGACGCCAGUGCGGGAGCGAAAAUCUCAUCGCAUCCAAAUGCAAAUAAUCAAGGGGACGAGGACGAGGCUGAUCUGUACAUCACGGAAGCAACUAUGAUGUCGAAGCCACGACAGCUCGCCCCACCCGCAGACGUCGUGACGAUGCAAAAUCGGAUCGAUGGGAAGGCUUUUCUUGGUCGCAAGGACAGUGCGAGCAUCGAUUUAUUGAUGAACGUGGUUGAACAAACGACGGGCACGGCAAACACCACACCCAUCUGGAGCGCUUCGGACACAGAGGAGGAUUCUAUCAUGAGAAAAAAGUGUUACAGUUACACACUUGUUGGAGUUUCCGCAUCACAAAUUUUCUCUGCCUGGCAGAGAAAACUUGUAAUGCGAAGAUCAUAAGGGAAAACAGGAAGGAAACGAGGCUCCGAAGCAUUUCCUGCAUGAGAAAGGUUGUCUGUGUUGCCGCUCUUGCAACACAAUGCGUAACUGUAACACUUUUUUCUUGCGAUAGAUUCGAGUCGGGAUCUACUACUCGCAGGAGAGGGUGGUCCUACUGUGGUUGCGAACAAAAAUCAUGGUUUCAAGAGGAGCGUCGAAAAUCUUCACGGGGCCGCUCCUGCAGCCGCUCUUAUGCGCCGACAGAACUACGAGCACUACUGGCCACCUUCGUUAUCCUGAGUAAAAAUGUCCCCACACCAGAGUCAAGAUGGGAAAUCCGCUAGACAAAUCCAUAAGCUUUGGCUGUUUCGCAUGACAAAUUUGGACGCGUAGUGUAGUGCUGUUUGAGCAGCUAAGCAGCAUUACAGAUCUCGUAUCUCAUUCUGAUUGGCGCAUUACAGAUUUCCAAACCGCAUUAGAAAAUGCUUCUCAUGGGGCUCCGCAUAAGAAACAUUUUGAGCAUGCAGAGUUGCAUGACAACUAUGAUGUGGGGAUGUUCUUACACAGGAUAUUCGUUCGCCAAGUCCUAUCCCCCCAUGGUGACUUUUUUGUACGAGAAAAUGACCUAUCAAAUGCAAAAAUGUCUGGGUCUGGAAGGGUGCGCCGUUUGUCAUGCACAUUUUGCAUGACCCAUGAUGUCUGUGGUGCAUGCCCUAGCAUCACAGAUUUUGUCACGGCUUUCUGAUGCCCAUACUGCAUGAGAAAUGCCCACUCCGCGUAGGAAAUAGUGGAUCUCUUUUGCGGUUCAUGCAAUACAGAUUUUACGUGUAAUCCAUAGGCAGCAUCACAAGUUGCCAUCUUCCAGACCCAGACAUUUUUGCAAUGCAUAUGACCUUCCAGCAGCUGCAGGGCUUGUCUCUGAAACGAGCUUCGGUAUUGGAGAGAGAAGACUUGCUGCCCUGUGCGCCGAAAAAGAGAAGCUGUUUCAUCCAGUCGACAUCAUCUUUGCCUUAUGAUAAAAAUGAUUCCGGAAUAAAGGAAAAUGCAACGAUAGUAGAAAGCCGGUAUCUGCAGCUGCACCUGUUCGUGCUCGUGCACGGAUUCCAGGGGAACCACUACGACAUGCGGUGCAUCAAAAACCUGCUUAGUCUCUCUUUCCCAGAGGCGGUGUUUCUUCUCUCCUCCUGCAACGAGAGCCGCAUGUUGGUAUGCCUUGCAAAAGAAGUAGUAUCUUCGUACUGCUGGUCCAUGUAUGUCGAUGUUGCAAGACAAAUACAAAUCUUUGUAUAGGAGAAAAUCCCAAAUCCGUCACACAGUUUCAGAUAAGAGCGUGAUUCCGUCAUGCAAGAUGGGUACGUAUACUUGAACGACUGCGUGCGAAGAUAAGUACUUUUGCAGAGGAGACUGUGUGGACUCAAUCGAGACCAUGGGUGUGAGGUUGGCCCAGGAAGUGCAAGACUACAUUGAGGAGUUUAUUCUACCGAACAAUGCCGACGUGGCGUCGAGCAACGGAAUCAACACGACCCGCGGCAUGUUGACGAGGAACGAUUACAGUCACCACUACUACAGACCCCGCCUUUCAUUUAUCGGUCACAGUCUCGGAGGCCUAAUCAUCCGCGCGGCCCUGCCCCACCUGAUGGCAAGAGCGAAAAACCCGACCUCGGAAGCAGGAGAGCAACAGUACGCAGGCACGCCCCAGCAUCCUUUCUACACCUUUCACUCUUACAUUUCGCUCUCCACCCCGCAUCUCGGCAUUUCCCGGCAGGUGAAGGCGACAAAUUUGAUUAAAACGGGGCUCUGGCUGCUUCAGCAAAUGCGGGGAAACUGCAAGUGCUUGCAAGCUACGGAGCGUAGUCGCUAAAAUUGUAUGCGCGAAAGUGGAGCUCCGUUAUCUCAUUUCAUAUAGGCGAAUUGGCUGGAAAACUUGCUUGUCUAUUGAAGGAAAAAAACGCUUUUUCUCAUGCUGAAACUAAUGCUAGCGACUUGAGGACUAGGAGUAGGACAUUGACAUUCACAGUGCUCGCAAGGCUGCGGGUUCCAUUUUUUGCGUAAGUAGUAAAGUUUUGCAGAUCAUACAAAAACUCUCUAUGGAGGACGGCACGAGUGGCAAUAAUUACGAAGACUGCUACCUGUUCCGGCUUUGCGGAGAACCUCCUCGUUGCGGAAUGGAAAGCGCCGACGGCGAUAAAGAUACCAAGCACAAUUCCCAACUUCCACCUACCAACCCCCUCCACGUGUUUACCCAUGUGCUGUUCGUUUCCAGUUUUCAAGACACCUACGCGCCCUACGAAUCUGCCCGGGUCCAGGUCGGGCGCGAAGAUGAUGAAGAUCAUGUUCAUACGGGAGGAACAAAAAGUACGGGAGGACGAUCUUCGUCGUCCGAUGGGGCGCUUGUUGCGGAAAUGGCACGAAGGAUUUUCGGAGUAGAGCAGCAGGCGAGUACAACAACGCUAGUACCGGAGAUGAAGGAGACUUCUGUGAAAGGCAGGAUAAGUUGUACUGCUCCAUGCAAUACAAAUUCUGCAAAUAAAAAACCCAAUUUCUACCGCGCCGACGUGAGUUUCGCGUUUCCGGACCGGACUUUGGACACCUUCGUCGGGCGCGCCGCGCACAUACAGUUUUUGGAAAAUGUAUGCCAAACAGAGGAUUGUGUAUCUAUAAUUACGAUUUUUACACUCACUGUGACACGUCGUUUUUGUAUGACAAUGCGAACAAAAAAGUGACUUGUUCCGUCCGCCACAUCUCUGUGGGACACAAGAUCAAAAAAAUCUUCAUCUUCAUGCUGAGUGUAAAAAGUAUGUACUGAAGAAGUACCUCUGUUUGGCAUACCUGCAGGAGCUUUUGAGAACAUUGAUUCACGGAUAUAGCUUCAUUUUCCGCUA